AUGUCCGAGGCAACAACCCCAGAUCCUAAGGCCAACUCUCCUUGGAGCCCAGAGGAUGUGUCCACACUCCUCUUCACCAUUAUGACGCAGAGCAAUGAUGAUCUGCUCAUCAAGGGCUGGAACGACAUUGGCCAAAAGCUUCAGGCCAUUUGGGGUGACAAGUACAGCCUGGCCGCAGCCAAAUUUCGUUUCCAGAAGAUGCGCCUUGCCUACCUGGAGAAGACCAAGAACAAUGACGUUACCUCGUCCGAUAAUGCUGUCGAUCCUGCCAAGGCUACCACCAAGGCCGUUACUCCUCGCAAGCGCACCGCAAAGUCCAAGGGAGCAGAUACCGAACAGGGCAACCAGGACGAGGCUGGCGAGACCCCCAAGAAGAAGCGUGGUCGCAAGCCCAAGACAGCCCUACCCCAGGAGACCCCCGAGCAAUGUGAUGCCGAUGUUGCUAUGGAUGAAGCUUGA